AUGUCUACACAACCAUACGAAAACGUGCUGCUGUUACCACAAACCAAUCAGCUUUUGGGUCUGUACACGAUCAUCAGAGACCAAACCACACGCAGACCGGACUUCGUGUUUUACGCGGACCGUAUCAUCCGGUUGCUAGUUGAAGAAGGAUUGAACCAUAUGCCAGUGACCCCAAAAUCCGUGGAAACGUCCACGAACCAAAAAUUUGAAGGUGUCUCAUUUUUGGGCAAAAUCUGCGGAGUUUCCAUUGUGAGAGCCGGUGAGUCCAUGGAACAAGGUCUGAGAGAAUGCUGCCGUUCCGUGCGUAUCGGGAAGAUUGUGAUUCAAAGAGACGAAGAAACGGCUUUGCCAAAGCUUUUCUACGAAAAAUUGCCCGAGGACAUCGCUGACAGAUAUGUGUUUUUGUUGGACCCCAUGCUGGCCACCGGCGGUAGUGCCGCUAUGGCCACCGAGGUCUUGAUCAAGAGAGGUGUCAAGCCUGAACGCAUUUUCUUCCUCAACCUGAUCUGUAGCAAAGAAGGUAUCGAUCUUUUCCAUGCCAAAUUUCCAAAGGUCAAAAUCGUGACGGGCGCUAUCGACUCCGGACUUGACGAGAAUAGAUAUUUGGUGCCCGGUCUAGGAGAUUUCGGUGACAGAUACUACUGCAUUUAG